AUGGUUGCUAGUAACCUCGCAAAUGCCGCCUCACUACUGUGGCAUGCCUACAAGUCAUUGCCUGCCCCAAGCAAGGAAGUCAAUUGGGCUGGAUUUUAUGUGAGAGACCUGUCGUCAUCAACGCCUCAGCUUAUUCUUGGUCCCUUUCAGGGCAAAGUCGCAUGCCAGACGAUUGCGUUUGGUCGGGGUGUCUGCGGCGCAGCCGCCGAAUCACAGUCUACUCAGCUGGUAAAGGAUGUGGAACAGUUCCCGGGGCAUAUAGCCUGUGAUGGCGACAGUAAGAGCGAGAUCGUUGUCCCCAUCAUUGCCGGCGAGUCAAAGACAGUCGUGGCCAUUAUUGACAUUGACUGUGCCGAGCUGAAUGGAUUUGAUGAGGUGGACAAGAAGCAUUUGGAAGAUCUUGCCGCUUUACUUGCCAAGAGCUGCGAUUGGUAG